AAAAACAUUCUGUUAUAUGAUUUAUUUAAAAUAUUUUAUAUGAAAAAAUCAAUCUCAGAACUUCUUUUAGAUAAUUACAAUGAAUUUCCAGACUCUAGAUAUAAUGGAGUUUUUCAAUUGUUUAAACCAGUUCUGCUUCUGAGAGAUACUGAGUUGAUAAAUCGAAUAAUAGUGAAAGACUUCGAUCAUUUUACUGAUCACGUGAACUUGAUUUCUGAAUUAAAUGAACCGAUUUGGUCUAAUAACUUGUUGACUUUGAAAGGUGAAAAAUGGAGAGAUAUGAGGGCUACUUUGAGUCCCGCAUUUACAGGUAGUAAAAUGCGAUUGAUGUUCGUCCUGAUGUCCGAAUGCGCGCAAAAAGUGGCCAAACAUUUUGAGGAUCAUUCAGAGGAAAGCAAAUCUAUUGAGCUGAAAGAUUUAUUCACGAGGUACACUAACGACGUUAUAGCUACUUGCGCUUUUGGCGUGCAAUGUAAUUCAAUUAAACAAAGGAAUAAUGAGUUUUAUAAGAUGGGAAAGCUGGCUACUGAUUUUACUAGUAUUUGGAGAAAUAUUAAAUUUUGUAUGUUCAUAUUGAUGCCAAAAUUAUGUAAUGUACUUGGAAUUUCGUUCUUUGACAAAAAAGUAGAGAUUUUUUUCCGUCGUUUAAUAAAAGAUACUAUUAAAAUUCGAGAAGAAAAUAAUAUUGUACGACCAGACAUGAUACAUUUAUUGAUGGAAGCUAGGAAAGGUCGAUUAAAUUAUGAAGAAACUUCAGCUGUACAAGACACUGGCUUUGCUACAGUCGAAGAAUCGGAAAUUGGAAAAACCGUGAAGAAAGUAAAAGAACCAAUUACAGAUGAUACCAUAACGGCUCAAGCGUUAAUUUUCUUCUUUGCCGGAUUUGAACCUGUUGCCACAUUGAUGGUCUUAAUGGCUUACGAAUUAGCUGUUAAUCCAGAUAUUCAAGAACGGUUACAAAGGGAAAUCGAUGCAGUUCUGGAAGAAAAUGAUGGAAAGAUAACCUACGAAGUCAUCAACAAAAUGAAAUAUUUAGAUAUGGUUACUUCUGAAACAUUGAGAAAAUGGCCUGCAGCUUUAGAAUUGAAUCGGGUAUGUGUGAAACCAUACACUAUCCCACCAGUUUCACCAGAUGAAAAUCUGGUAACUCUGAAAGUUGGAGAUAUUAUUUCUAUACCAGUUUAUGGGAUUCACAGGGAUCCCAAAUGUUAUCCAAAUCCCGAGAAGUUUGAUCCCGAAAGAUUCAACGAUGAAAACAAAGUGAACAUUAAAUCGUGUAUGUUUCUGCCGUUUGGUUCUGGACCAAGAAAUUGCAUUGGCUCAAGAUUUGCCUUGUUAGAAUCGAAGGUCGUGUUCGUUCAUCUACUUGCAAAAUUUAAUAUUAUUGUAACUGAAAAAUCAGAAGUACCUUUAAUAUUAUCGAAGUCUGGCUUCGGUUUUAAUUCUAAAAACGGAUUUUGGUUUGGCUUAAAACUUAGAGAUUAGCUUAGAAGCCUUUAAAUUUCACUAACAGUAUAAUAAGUUGUGUACAUUAAAGAAUAACUAAUGGCAUGUAUUAAAUUAAAAUAUU